UGACACGACACCAAUUAUAUCGACAUGUAUUGAAAAACCCAACCCUACGCGACCAAAACCAAAGUACCAGCAAAUUGAUCGAUAUAGGUACUCGAUAACAGGUAGAUAAAAGAAACGAAAUCCUCCAGUAAGAGAGAGACAGAGAGGGAGUGAAAACUAAAGGAAUUAAUCCUUCGAAAUGAGCCUCGCGCGAAAAUAAAAUUGAAUGACAAUUAGCUGGACAUAACCCCUUUUUAUUUGAAAAUCAAAACAAUGUUGGCUAUCGACUAAUGAAAUUGAUAAUUUAUGUAUAUUCCUUUUAAGAACAACAAGAAUAAGAUAACCAGGCAUUGUUCAAUAAAUAUUCAUCUGCAAUGGUCAACUAUCAUUAGACAAAUGAUAAGGAGCAAAAUCUUGUCUGGCUGUGCCUGAAAUUAUCUAAAAAGAUGCAGAGUAAGUUGCUCCGCCAAAACGUCAUGCAAGGUGAAGCGGCCAUCUUCUUUCCCAUUUGGGUGUUUAUCAAUAUUAUUGGUAUUUAUUACUUGGUAUUAGCAAGUUGGAGCGACUGAAAGUCAUAUCGAAAAUUUUGAACCUUUCUUCACACAUGUACCUAAUAAGUGCAAUAAUGUAUUUUCACAUGAAUAACAAAGUGAAUUUUGAAUUUAACUUUGAGAGAAUAAUUUUCAAGCUGAUGUUAUUUCGCGGCAAGAUUUAUAGGGUGAAAUACAUGUUUUUCAAAAUAUGUACCUAUGUAUAAUAUGUGUCUGGCGUAAACAAAUUUUGUUAUUAUUAAUAUAUUAUUCAUACAGCUUAGGGUCCGUUUGAAAUUGUAUUUAAAUUUAAUCUGAGUGGGUAGAUAAGACAAAAAAAAACAUCGAAUUAAAAAAUGCAUUUUUAAUUGUCCAGUUAAAUUCAAACUAAAGGGUUUUACAUUUUUCAACAACCAUGCGGUUCAAUAUUUUUGAGUAUUUAACAUUAUUCCAUAUUUUGAAAUUUAGCCAUGGUUUUGUGUUUCCUAGUUUUAUGGAUCCCGACACUGGUAAACAUUUAUACGAAUUUAUGGAAAGCCACGAUUGGGUUUACGAAAACCAUACCGUUGUCAGUCCUGACGGAUAUCACAUAAAUGCGGUAAGAUUACCACGUGCAAGAGGCGAAAUCCCAGGCAACAAAAAAAAACCUUGUGUUUUGCUUGUUCACGGAUAUGCUAGCCAACCUCAACUUUUUAUGGUAAAAUUGAAUGAUUCCCUGGCAAUGAUGCUAGUGGAAGCAGGCUUCGAUGUUUGGAUUAUGGCAACAAGGGGAUGCGUUUACAGCCUAAAACAUGAGUUUUUGAGUCCAAAAGAUGCAAAAUACUGGGAUUUCAGUUUUCAUGAAGUCUCUUAUUACGAUGUUCCCGCUUAUAUGGACCAUAUUAGAAAUGUAACAGGUAAUGAAAAAAUAUCCUACGUUGGUCACUCAAUGGGAGCAUUAGUUUUUCUCGCAUUUGCUGCAACUCGGCCUGAAUAUCUAAAAAGAAUAGAUUCGGCACACGCCUGGGCACCAGUAGUUUAUAACAAGUAUGCCCGAACAUUAGAAGAUGAAAGAUCCUGGCAAGAGGUAAGGGACGAGCAGAUUCGCAAAGGAGGAGUUAAAGGGGAUAAUGAAUGGAGCCAACUCAGAAUGUGGCUGGCAAUUAUUUUUUGUAACGAAAAGUCGCCAUUCCUAGAAAAUUGUACAGGCAUUCAUGAUCGCUUUGGACCUGAUCGUAGUCAAGUAGACAAGCCUAAACUUCUUGUUCAUAUGACAAACGAGCCAUCUGGAAGCUCUUUCAAAACCUACUUACAUUUUCUUCAAAUGCACAAGGCAGAUAGGUUUCAAUUCUAUGACUACGAAUUAUUUGAAAAUUUGAAAAGGUAUGGUCGAUUUAAACCUCCGCUUUAUAAUUUAAGAUCUAUAUCUGGCAAAGUACCAAUUAUCAUUAGCUAUGGACUCAAUGACUAUUAUGGAGGACCAGAGGAUUUCGAACGAUUGAUAGCUGAAAUACCUGGUGCAAUAGGACACAUAGUUCCUUGGCCGUUUUUCAAUCAUGUCGACUUCGUAUUUGCCAAAGAUGCAAAGACAUUCGUGUAUAAUGACUGUGUCCGCAUGUUGAAAAUGUAUGCUACAGUGACCGAAGCCUGACGAAGAUCUAGGUUUCACAUGGAUUUUGCUUUUCAAAUUAACUGAAAAAGGGGCAUAAAUUGCAUACCCACCUAUGCAUUCAAAUUCAAAUAAUAACUUGCAUAUUACUGGAAAAAAAUUAUCCACUUGACAUACCACAAAACUCAAUAUUCUUGUAUUUUCAUUGAAUCAACUAAAAUCACUUUUGCAUUCGCGGCUUUAGGAACAACAAACCCAACAUGAAUUUUUGUAUGUAAAACACUGCAAUAUUUAAAAUCAAAUAAAGCGUUAAUAUAACUAAUCAUUGUCAAAAGUAUAGCCAUUCAGUUUUUAUAAAAAUCUUGGCAGCAUCAUUAUCUAUGAGGGUUCUUCGAAUGCUAAAAGCCAAUGCAUCAAUUGGCCACUUACAAUCGAGUGCGGAAAAGUGGCACUUUCCGCACUAGUCAGGAACGGAUUUUUUUCUACGUGUGUGCAGAAAAGUUCACUUCUCCGAAUGCAUUUUAGGUCCUGAAAGUACUAUAGGAGGCCUUAGUUGGUUUAUUAAAUAUUUUUAAUGAAAGUUCACUCUGUACUAUCCACUUUCAGUUCUAAAAAUUUUUAUGAAAUUGACAAACUCAGGAGCCCACAGAGUGCGUUUUUGUUGGACGGUUUUGUUCGGCGAGCAAAUCUGGUCGAGCAAAAACGACGGAUCGGAGUGGCUUGCACAUAGACCUCGGUUUAGUUUGACAAAGAUCCGUCAUGUUGAAACGUUUUUAAUUUUAAUUUUAGCUACGCCCCACACACUACACAAAACCGUCGUUUUUAAAAUUCGUUAGGGUUAGACGAUUAUCAAACGAUUGAGAGUGAA